ACGGCCCGGAGCCCCCCGCCCUCCUCGGUUCCCCCGCCGAGCUCGGAGCCCCCCACCCCUCUGUCGGUGCCCACCCGCCCCGGCUCGGGCCCCUGGUGCGGCUCCUGGGGAGGGGUCCGCGUGCUGCCGGGACCCCCGUCCCGCUCCGGGCCGCUGGGCUCGCCGCUGGCCAUCGAGUGCCGCUUCGAGCCGGCGCACGCCGAGGUCACCUGGCUGCAGGUGUGUCCCCGGCGCUACCUGGGCGACACGUGGGGCUGCAGCUGGCCGCAGGAGGUGGCGGCCGAGGGCGGGGGUCGCCAGGUGAGCCGCAACGAGUCGGGGGUCUCCCGGCUGAGCUUCCCGCAGCUGCGGCGCGACCACGGCGGGCUCUACUUCUGCCGGGUGCAGCUGGGCCCGGCGGCCGCGCAGUCCUGCGGCACGUUCGUGCGGGUGCUGGAGCCGGUGCCGGUGCCGCUGCUGGAUGUGGGAGACGCCGCCAAGAACAGGAUCCUGGCGGCGCAGGGCGCGCUGCUGCUGCUCUGCGCCGCGGGGCCGGGGCUGCUGCUGCUCUUCAGGAAGCGCUGGGCCAACGAGCGGCUCCUCCAGCCCAAGAAAAUCUCCCUGGAGGAGGAAAACCUUUACGAGGGGCUGAACCUGGACGAGUGCUCCAUGUACGAGGACAUUUCCCGGGGGCUGCAGCCCACCUACCAGGACGUGGGGACCCCCCCUGCCGCCGAAGGGCUCCUGGAGAAGCCUUGAAGACCCCCCCUCCAAAUAAGUGGGGGGGGGGUCUCUCACGGGACCCCCUCCCCAAAACCCUGCGUGCCCCCCCCAGAGGCUUUGCUUUGGUAACUCAAGGCUGACGGCGAAAUAAAACGAAAAUAAAUCUGGUGAGGGUCUGGGUACUGGGGGACCCCCCCUCACCUGCAGCUGGCAAAUCGCUAAUAAAGAAUUAAUU